CUAGCUUCUUCUAAGGGUCUACCUCCCUGAACUCACCUUUCUGCCGGUUGUGCUACAAGAACUCAGAGAUCACUAUGUUUCUAGGCUCAACCAGGAGAAAGCUCUAUUGCUGCUUUCUCAUUCUCUUUUUUGCUUCUCUGAUUGGCAAAUCGGCAGCGUCUCUGGGCGAUCACCUUCCUGAUUUCAAGGAAUGCGUUAAGGUCUGCAAGGCUGAAAACUGUCACGAUGGCAACUCGGUGAUCCCUCUCCAUCUUCGUCUCAUGCUGUGGACGUGUCCUUCCGAGUGCGAUUAUACCUGCCAACAUGUCGUGACAGAUCGCCGUGUCGCUCGCGAUCCUCCGAUGUUAAAUCCAGUACUACAAUUUCACGGAAAAUGGCCGUUUCGCAGAAUCCUCGGCAUGCAGGAGCCCUUUUCUGUCCUUUUCUCCCUCCUCAACUUUCUUGCCCACUGGCAUGGAAUGGGUAAGAUCCGAGAAACUAUUCCAUCGUGGCACUCACUCAAGCCGUACUAUAUGGCUUUCGGAUAUUGUGGAUUAGCAUGCUGGACGUUUAGUGCCUUGUUUCACACACGAGACCUCCCAUUGACUGAAAAGCUGGAUUACUUUGGGGCCGGAGCUAACGUGAUGUAUGGUUUGUACCUUGCGAUCAUUCGGAUAUUCCGUCUCGAUGGAGAGGAGCCUCGCCAUAAGCCGACUUUGCGCCGUCUCUGGACAACUAUCUGCAUCUUGCUUUACACUUUGCACGUCUGCUACCUGAGCUUCUGGUCUUGGGACUACACCUACAAUAUGAUUGCCAAUAUCGUGAUAGGGAUGGCUCAGAAUGUUCUGUGGGUAUCCUUUAGCAUUUAUCGUUAUAGGAAGUAUGGUAAAGCUUGGAUGACCUGGCCCGCGUUGAUUGUGGUCUGGAUUAUCUUCGCGAUGAGCCUGGAGCUGCUUGACUUUCCCCCUUGGAAUGAGCUCAUUGACGCGCAUAGCUUAUGGCACCUUGGGACAGUGAUUCCCACAGCGUGGUGGUACUUUUUCCUUACCAAAGACAUUCAGAAUGAUGUGGCAGGGGAGAGACUCAAGCUCUAAGCUGGCUUGCGGAGACGGCUCCGCUUGGUGCCAGUAGCAGUCAAAUUUUGAAAUGGUCCUGGUGGCCUCAAACAGUCUGAAUGAUUUGUAGCAAUAUUUGAUAGAAUGUUC